GAAGAGCCGAGAUUUUGAGGGGGGAAAAAGACACCCUCUAUCCACACACCUCUCCCCUUCCUCCUCUGUAGAAUACAACACCAUACACAGAGAAGAAAAGAGACUGAAAAGGUUGAAUCUUCCUACAUUGCUUCUCCAAGAGUUUGAUACUUUUUUUUUGUGUACCCAGUGUUGAUUUCUCUCUCUAUAAAUUUCACCUGCUCUUUUUGCUGUGUUUCUCCUGCUGGAGAGAGACACACAGGCAGCAGAGAGAAAACCAUGUCCUUCCCGCAGCUGGGUUACCCCCAGUACUUGAGUGCUGGGCAGGCAGCAGUGUAUGGAGGGGAGCGGCCGGGAGUUCUGGCGGCUGCAGCUGCAGCAGCAGCAGCGGCAGCAGCAGCCGGAACAGGGAGGCCAGCAGGAGCAGAGCUGGGCAGCAGUGCGUCUACAGCCGCUGUCACCUCGGUACUGGGCAUGUAUGCAAACCCAUACGGUGCCCACAACUACAGCGCCUUCCUGCCCUACACCACCGAUCUCACCCUCUUCUCUCAAAUGGGGUCACAGUAUGAACUAAAGGAUAAUCCUGGAGUCCACCCUGCUACUUUUGCUGCUCACACUGCCCCAGGUUAUUAUCCUUAUGGACAGUUCCAAUAUGGAGAUCCUGGUCGGCCUAAAAAUGCCACUAGGGAAAGCACCAGCACGUUGAAGGCCUGGCUGAAUGAACACAGGAAGAACCCUUACCCUACCAAAGGUGAGAAGAUCAUGCUGGCCAUUAUCACCAAGAUGACCCUCACCCAGGUCUCCACCUGGUUUGCCAACGCCAGGAGGAGACUGAAAAAAGAGAAUAAGGUGACCUGGGGCUCCAGGAGUAAAGAAGAUGACCAUCUGUUUGGAAGUGACAAUGAAGGGGACCAUGAUAAAAAUGAAGAUGAUGAGGAAAUCGAUUUGGAGAGCAUAGAUAUUGAUAAAAUAGAUGAUAAUGAUGGGGAACAGAGCAACGAGGAAGAGGAUGAGAAACCAGAGCACUUAAGACAAAAUGAGAAAGAAAGUUUGAAAAAAGAUGAUGUUAUUUUGCCUGUAUCUGAUGGACUUAAAUCGAAAGAAUCUUUGUCACUUGUAAAAGAAAACUCUGAAAAUAACACUACCAGAAUAGUGAGCCCUGGAGGCCAGGGUAAUUUACAAGUACCACCUCACAAUAAACCAAAAAUUUGGUCAUUGGCAGAAACUGCUACAAGUCCUGAUGGGGCGCUCAAGUCUUCUCCUCCUCCAACCCAAGUUAACCACACAUCUUCACCCAUACAACACCCGGCUUUCCUCCCUAGCCAUGGACUAUACACUUGCCAAAUAGGCAAAUUCCACAACUGGACAAAUGGAGCUUUCCUCACUCAGAGUUCCUUAAUAAAUAUGAGGUCGUUGUUAGGUGUAAACCAUCAUCACAAUCACCACCACAUCCAGGCCCAUCACCAAGCGCCCCUAUUAACAGCAAACCUGGGAAACCUCAACAACGAAAAAUCUACAGAGAGGACCAGUCCAAAACACACAGAAAGGGAAAAUUCAUCAGCUUCUGAUUCCCCACCUCAGUUAAAAUCCUCCUUUCAAACAGUUCGUGAAAACUCUCUCUCACAACAAGAAGGAAAUCCUCGCAUAUUAACAGCUCUGCCUUCUGCUUGACUACUGAAGCUUUAAAACUGAUUUAAAGACUUUUGAAAACACUUUGAACACAAAUAUAAUACAAAAAAAAAAAAAAAAGACUAAACAUCGUUUUUUUGCAAUAAGGUGGAGAAAUUCCAAUUUGGAAGAUUUUACAAAUUUCUAGAAUGGACCUUUACACAAAAUGCACCAUCUCAGAUAGUGUCAUUAAUACGAUUGAAUUUAUUCGUUUUUUGGUAAAUGUUUCUCAUGUUCUUGUGUUAUUUUCUGUACAUAAAGUGAUCUCAGAUUGUAAAUAUCGCGUCAACAAAAAUCUUGUCUAAAUCAUAUAUUUUUGUCUAAUAAACUAAAUGAAAUAUAAGUUUAACCUUAUAUAUAUUUUUUAACUA